AUGGAUUCAGAGUCAGAGCUCAUAUCACUCAUUUCUCAACUAAUCUCUCUCGACAACUCUACGGAAGGUUGGGUUCCAGCUUCGUGGUUGAAGUUCAUUACUCAAAUCAUAUCUCUCCUCAGAUCUAUAGAUUUUGAUUCGGAGCUGAAGCCUGAGUCAGAGCUCAUGUCACUCACAUCUCAGUUAAUCUCUUUCUUCAACUCCAUGGAUCUAGAUUCUCAGCCACAGCCACUAUCAGAGCUCAUAUCACUCAUUACUCAAGUCGUCAACUCUGUAGAUUUGGAGCCGGAUCUGGUCACACCACUCGUCACUAAAACAUUACGUCUCGAGCCGGAGCCUGAGCUCAUAUCACUCAUGUAUCAAAUCUUCUCCAUCGUCAUCUCUAUGUCUUCAAAGUCAGGGAAGCUUGUUCCGCUUGUGCCCUCAAAAACAAGUUUAUUUCCAACUGGGAAAGUUUCAUUUGAUGGACAACUUCUCGUGGAAGAUGAUGACUCGUAUUGGCAAGUGGGGUUGUUUCCCUGA